UCUGUUUUCUUCCCUUUAAUAUCGAACUUUUAUUUUGAAGUUACGUGAGCGGAUGUUGUUGUCAGGUGACUGCACUUCCUCUUUGCCUAUUUCUUUUGCACCGUUUCACCCACAAAUAUUUUUCUUAUUUACGUCAAGCAAAGGCUAAUGAAAUGUCUGCGAAACCAACCUGUCUCAUAGUGGCGAGUGCUUCUCCUCAAGGGGUGUCAGCAAAGUCUUUCCAUCAGUCCUUCAGUCUCUGCAGCUCAGCGUUUAACCUCCAGACAGCCACUCCCGGGGGGAAGCCAAUAGACUUUGUUGGAGUGGAUGAAAGUACAGCUAGAUGGGUGCAGGACUUCAACGUGAAACCCUACGCAACACCGGCCAAACUUGAAUCUAUCGAUGGUGCCCGAUACCAGGCGCUCCUCAUCCCAGACUGCCCUGGAGCGCCAAACGACCUGGCGCACAGCGGCUCUCUGCACCGCAUUCUCACACACUUCAUCUCUCAGCAAAAGCCUGUGUGCGCGCUGGGUCAGGGAGUGUCGGCGCUGUGUUGUGCCACUGACGGACAGACGUGGAUUUUCAGUGGCUACAGCCUAACAGGGCCGUCAGUGUUUGAACUGGUGCGGAGGCCUGACUUUGCCAACCUGCCCUUGAUUGUAGAGGACUUUGUAAAAGACAGUGGUGGAUCAUACACAGCAAGUCAAGAAGAUGCCGUGCACACAGUCAUAGACAGACACCUAAUAACCGGACAGAAUAUGCAGUCAACCUCACUUGCUGUAAAUAAUCUAAUCUUGCUUUGUAAUGCCAAAUAAAAAAAAUGAACAAAGUGACA